AUGCCAGCUCCGCACCAUUCAUUACCGCCAGCUAAGGAGAAACCACCAGUUGAUGUGAAACCACCUUCCCAUAAAUCGCCUAAGACACCACAUCCAUCGCCUCCACCACCACCCACUAAGAAACAUAUGCCAUCACCGCCAGAAGAAGGGAAACCACCAGUUGAUGCGAAACCUCCUCCCCAUAAAUCGCCUAAGACACCACAUCCAUAUACUCCUCCGCCACCCACAGAGAAGCCUAUGCCAUCACUACCAGUUGAUGUGAAACCACCUUCCCAUAAAUCGCCUAAGACACCACAUCCAUCGCCUCCACCACCACCCACUAAGAAACUUAUACCAUCACCGUCAGAUGAAUCUUAA